ACAGCGCGUCGUGUUUUAACGUCCGUGCGGUCGGUGUCUCUUAAAGGGCGGCGGGACCAGAAACGUAUCCGCGUUACCGUCAGAGGCGAAUGAAGGAGUCGGUCCAUCCUGUGACCGAGAUCAGCUGCAUGUCGACGGAUAUUGCUUUAAAAAAAGAAGAAAAAGAAAAAAAAAAAAAAAGCUAGGAAAAGCCUUUAAAUGAACGACGUGUUGUGUUUGUUGUGAGCGGCGGAGUCCGGGUUUGAGGCGUCGGGGACGGCGUGACAGCGCCGCGGCACCUCGCUGACUUCUCUAGGUGAAAGUUUCAUUCGCACGGGGACUGUCGAGGUGCAGAGUCGGGGGUUCAACUGCGACAUCGCCCCGUCGGCUCGGUAUGUCGGAUGAAGAUUCCCGUGCCAGCACCAGCUCUUCUUCCUCUUCAUCCUCGACUCAUCAUCAUCAUCAUCAGCAGCAGCAGCAGCAGCAGCAGCAGCAGCAGGAGGCGAACACCCCAAAGAAACGAGAAAGCAAAGCCAGCAUGAGCAAGACCUCCAAGCUUCUCUCCACCAGCGCUAAAAGAAUUCAAAAGGAGCUGGCUGACAUCACAUUGGAUCCGCCGCCGAACUGCAGCGCCGGUCCUAAAGGAGACAACAUCUACGAGUGGAGGUCGACCAUCCUGGGCCCUCCGGGCUCCGUGUACGAGGGGGGAGUGUUUUUCCUGGACAUUGCCUUCACACCAGACUACCCCUUCAAACCACCCAAGGUGACGUUCCGCACGAGGAUCUACCACUGUAACAUCAACAGCCAGGGGGUGAUCUGUCUGGACAUCCUGAAGGACAACUGGAGUCCUGCCCUCACCAUCUCCAAGGUCCUGCUGUCCAUCUGCUCCCUGCUCACUGACUGCAACCCUGCUGACCCUCUGGUCGGAAGCAUCGCCACACAGUACACAACAAACAGACCUGAACAUGACAGGAUAGCCAAACAGUGGACCAAGCGCUACGCCACAUAAUCACCAAUGCAGCCGCUGGUUGGACGAGUCGGGGAUGUUGGGGGGGGGGGGGGGGGGGGGGAUUUUUAUCUCAGAAUUGAAGUCUUAACUCCUGACAUUUUGUUGUUUAUUGUAUUUCUUAAGUUAUCUCUGGCCCGACUGUAAUCAAAUUUGGCAAUAAUGCAUUUUUGUGUUUUUCUCUUUUUUAGCUUGUGCUUGAAGACGGGACAUUAAUACUAAAAAAAACAAACUACUAGAUGAAAUGUGUCACAGCAUGAUUCCCAGUCAGUGAUGUCCAUGUAAAUCCUCACACGCAUUAAAAAGUUAGGUGUCGGCGCCCCCCCCCCCCCCAAACUCCCGCUCUUUUGAAAAGCUGUUUCCCACAUGUAGACUUGUUUAGAUUUGGAUGGAUAUUGGUUGUGAUUUGUGUUCUGUACUGAUGACGAGCUGUUCUGUUUUUCUCCCUUAAAAAACUUAAACAUGACCAACUGAAGCAUCCAACGUCGUUUGAUCAUUUCAAACCAACUUUUCACUUCACCGCCAAAAUAAAAGUUUUGAGAGUAUUUAAUACGAAGAGGCUUUAUUUUUAUUCAGCGCAUCUUAAGACACAUCACAGGGCACAGAAUAAUUUAGGGUUAGCGUGAUUAUACAGAGUGCAAGUCUUGAUCUCUCUACCUCUGUUCUACUAGCAGCACAUGAAAUGUUAUUACUCCGAAGGGACACACAUCAUCCAUCACACCGUCAAAAGUCAAGGAAUGUGGCUCAUUAAAGUGACAAAAAUAAAUUAGUUAAAAAAUAAAUAUUUCCUCUCAAUAGUGAUUUCUACUGUUAAAAAGACUUACACACAUACACACACACACACACACACACACACAGCUUUAACUAGUAGCCCUGUUGGAUUAUUUUGGCUGGACGACACAGGAGUGCAACUACCGUCAGACAGACAUUAUGAAAUCAUACAUCACGAGUAAAAGGUAGUACCAUGAACAUUAUUGCUGCCGAGCCAUAUUUAAUGUAUGAAAUGGACUGGACAACGGCUAACGGGAGUCCUGCCAGAGGACAGAGGAUUAAUGCUGCAUUCACAUCAGAUGGGGAAAUAACAGUUUAGGUACUCGAACACAGCGUUUAGUGUUGGUAUUUAUGAAGUCAACGUUUGGCGCCAGGGCUCGUGGGACAGCUUCCGAUUUCUCAAGUCUGUUUUAGUGCAACAAUGACAUGCCCACCUGUGUGUUUAUAGCGUCAAAGGCUGCUGCGAUCACCCUGUCUGUCCUGGUCAUGAAGAGAUCCGUUACUAGUGCAAAUCCAAUGUAAGAAAUGAGGGUCAAAAUCCACACUGGACUGAGCGGACUGUGUUUUCUGACGUCCUCCCUGACGCUGAGAGAGGAAGGAGGAUGGUAACGCUCUAAAUGUGCACAGGGAACUUGGAAAUUGAACUUGGAAUGAUAUGAAUGUUUCAAGUGAGAACAACAGUGGACAGAACAUGUUAUUUCACUAUCACAGCUCAGAAGUGUAAAUCUACAAGAUCUGAGUUUGGGUUUACUCAGACAUUUGGUACUAAAGUGCUUUUCACAAAUAAAGGACUGACUACACUCUGA